AUGGCCACAGUGGUGGCCCAGAAGCUCAGCCACCUGCUGCCUAACUUGCGGCAGGUUCGCCAGGAGUCUCAGCCAUCUGUGCAGCCCGAGUCUGUGUUCACAGUGGACCGAGCCCAAGUGCCGCGGCUCUUCUGGAAGCCAUACAUCUACGUGGGCUACCGACCGCUGCACCGGACCUGGCGCUUCUACUUCCGCACGCUGUUCCAGCAACACAAUGAGGCGGUGAACGUGUGGACCCACCUGCUGGCAGCCCUGGUGCUACUGCUGCGACUGGCCAUCUUUGUGGGUACCGUGGACUUCUGGGGAGACCAGCACGCCCUGCCCCUCUUCAUCAUCAUCUUCGCCUCCUUCACCUACCUCUUCCUGAGUGCCUUGGCUCACCUCCUGCAGGCCAAGUCUGAGUUCUGGCAUUACAGUUUCUUCUUCCUGGACUACGUGGGUGUGGCUGUAUAUCAGUUUGGCAGUGCCCUGGCUCACUUCUACUAUGCUAUUGAGCCCGCCUGGCAUGCACAGGUUCAGGCCAUUUUCCUGCCCAUGGCUGCCUUCCUCGCCUGGCUUUCCUGCACUGGUUCCUGCUACAAUAAGUACAGCCAGAAGCCAGGCCUACUGGGCCGCACUUGCCAGGAGAUGCCUUCGGCCUUGGCUUAUGCUCUGGACAUAAGCCCUGUGGUGCACCGCAUCUUGGUGUCUGCUGAUCCUGCCGUGGGCGACCCUGCUCUUCUCUAUCACAAAUGCCAGGUGAUCUUCUUCCUGCUGGCGGCCGCCUUCUUCUCGGCCUUUAUGCCUGAGCGCUGGUUUCCUGGCAGCUGCCACGUCUUUGGGCAAGGCCACCAACUCUUCCACGUUUUCUUGGUGCUGUGUACACUGACUCAGCUGGAGGCUGUGGCGCUGGACUAUGAGGCCCGGCGACCCAUCUAUGAGCCUCUGCACACCCGCUGGCCCCACAACUUCUCUGGCCUCUUCUUGCUCACUGUUGGCAGCAGUGUUCUUACUGCGUUCUUCCUGAGCCAGCUGGUGCGGCGCAAACUUAAGCGGAAGGCCAAGUGA